AUGGCCAGCCCUGCGCCCUUAGUAGCCUCCAUUAGUCACCAAAUGGUGGCUCUGCAGACCCUGCAGCUGCUGCAGCAGGAGUGGGGCUGGGGGGACGGACCAGGCGCCACCGGGGGUUCGCGCGACCCGGACCACGUGUCCGCCGCCCCUGUCCGAUGCUCAGGCCGCGGGCGAGCCCUGCUGGGGCUAGAACCUGAGGUGGGGGGCGGAGCCGUGGGAUCCGGGGCUCGGACGAGGACCCCCGAGGCAGGGAUGGUGCGGAGCGCCGAGGGGGGCUCCGAGCUGCUGCUGCUCCCGCGGGACCGCAGGCCCUGCACCCUGGCGCGGAUGGCGAUGCGCAGCGCGCUGGCCCGUGUGGUAGACUCGACCUCCGAGCUGGUCAGCGUGGAGCAGACGCUGCUGGGACCCCUGCAGCAGGAGCGAUCCUUUCCCAUUCACCUGAAGGAUAGUGUUGAAUUUAGAAACAUCUGCAGUCACUUGGCUCUACAGAUUGAAGGACAGCAGUUUGACAGAGACUUGAGUGCUGCGCACCAGUGUUUGAAGACCAUAGUCAAGAAGCUGAUCCAGUCCCUUGCUAAUGUUCCUUCAGAUGCUCAUGUGGUAGCCUGUGCGUCCUUGAGACAGAUCUUGCAGAAUCUCCCAGAUGUAUGAGUGGUAGAGACUUCACGAUGAACACCACAGUAAGCACCAUGAAGAGACCUGGACACCUUCUGCUCCUAAUGGAAGCAGCGGACAAUGGAUGUUUGUAUCCCAGGCAAGGAGACUUGAUGCACAUGCAGCAUUCAGCCCCGCCACUUCUAUAGCCUUCAGAAUUACAGUCUGUUAGUGAACAUUUUUUUUUUUUAAGCAGCAGUUCACAUUUUUAAGUGUGUUAUUUUUUGGCUUUCUAAAACAUAUUCCACCUUAUGGAAUGGAAUAGAUUAUAGUUGUACAUAAUUGUAUUAAUUCCUAUUAAAUAUUAGUUUUGAUCAAAUGACACCCUACUCUGUAUUCAUAUUAACGUAGAUCUAUAAUACUUAACCUAAUUAUUUCUAUGAUUAAAGCUGCAUGGUCCUUAAAAUUAUCUUCAGAGACUGGGAUAUUCAACAAUUGAGAUGUUCUUACUGAGGACUUUGUGUUGGGAGAGUGAACAUUAGUUGUAGGACCACAUGUGUCAGUAAUUAUGAGUUCCAGUCUUGGCAUUAAUAACUUACUGUUGGGCAGGAAGGGUUGCUUCUAAACCUUGUACUUUCAUAAACUGAUUUGUAAAUUUAGCAUGAUAAUGAGCUAUGAAGUACCAAGGAUAUAUGAUACGUAAAUACAAAGCACAAUGUUAUUAAAGUCUCAUGUGGAAACAUCUAGAUCUUCUGUUUCUAAAUAUUGCGAAUGAAGCUGGAAAUUCUUGUGAACUAAAGGAGGGUGUGGACAUACUGGCAGGUUUCUCUAAACAUUUAGAAAUGGGAAAAGAAAGAGUAAUUUUUUUUCUUGGCAAUGGCUCUGCACACGCUUGGGGAGAAGACGGAAUUUUCAGUUGUUCGAUGAUGAUUAUGCUGGAAAGCAAAGGACAGCGAAAUUCUGCUUUUCCCUUAAAAUUGAAGUAGAAGUAGCAUUGAAUUUAGCUUAAAAAUAGGACAGUAUGUAUGUGCAGCUGGUUUUCGGAAAAAAUUGUAAGCUAAG